CUUUGAUCAAAGCUGGACUAGUUACACUGAUCAGUUGUUUUUUUAAUGGGCACACCUUAAAAUAGUGUUCAUGAAUUGAAAGUGUGAUUCUGAGGGGCGUCCCUAGGUCUCUAACCCUUUCUACCCUUUUCUCCCCCCAUUCCUACUCCCCCACAAAAAAAAAAAAAAAAAAAAAAAAGGAAAGCUUGCAGCAGAUUGUAGAAGGAUUUGACUCCGCAGCCAGAGAGAAGGGGAUUAGGGCCAGAGCGGUGCAAGUUAAAUUGUGCUGCAUAUAAAAAAUGGGCGGAUUGGUCUCCAGAUCCAGAGGCUGGUACCACCUUCCUUUCUAAAAUAAAAUCUCUCUGGCAUGAAGUCACCGCCUAUUUCACAUCCGGUUUGCCCUGGGACGUAUUACUACUGUCUUGGUAAAGAGAAAUCUUUUGUUGUAUAGCUGCAGAUCGGAUACUGGGAAGCAAAUUUGGGUGUGAAAUCUUCAGCAAAGGAGCACGCAGAGUCCAUGAUGGCUCAGACCGAGUGAGUGAGAGGCAGAGCGAGGACGCCCCUCUGCUCCCGGCGCGCCCGGACUCGCGGACUCGCGCUGGCUCCAGGCUCUCCGCGAUUUUCUCUCGCACACUUUUCCCGGGUCUUGAGCGAUCCUGUGCCCAGAGGGGGCCCGAGCUGCACAAGCCCGCGAUGAAGAAAAGUCCGGGUCUCUCUGACUAUCUUUGGGCCUGGACCCUCCUUCUGAGCACAUUGACUGGAAGAAGCUAUGGACAACCCUCAUUACAAGAUGAACUUAAAGACAACACCACUGUCUUCACCAGGAUUUUGGACCGACUCCUAGAUGGUUAUGACAAUCGUCUGAGACCAGGAUUGGGAGAGCGUGUAACUGAAGUGAAGACCGACAUCUUCGUCACCAGUUUUGGACCUGUUUCAGACCAUGAUAUGGAAUAUACAAUAGAUGUAUUUUUCCGUCAAAGCUGGAAGGAUGAAAGAUUAAAAUUUAAAGGACCCAUGACAGUUCUCCGGUUGAAUAACCUAAUGGCAAGUAAGAUCUGGACUCCAGAUACCUUUUUUCACAAUGGAAAGAAGUCAGUGGCACACAACAUGACCAUGCCAAACAAACUCCUGAGGAUCACAGAGGAUGGCACCUUGUUGUACACCAUGAGGCUGACGGUGAGAGCUGAGUGUCCAAUGCAUUUGGAGGACUUCCCUAUGGAUGCACAUGCCUGCCCACUAAAAUUUGGAAGCUAUGCCUACACCAGAGCAGAAGUUGUUUAUGAGUGGACAAGAGAGCCAGCACGCUCAGUGGUUGUAGCGGAAGAUGGAUCACGCCUAAACCAGUAUGAUCUUCUUGGGCAAACAGUAGAUUCUGGAAUUGUUCAAUCUAGUACAGGAGAAUAUGUUGUUAUGACCACUCAUUUCCACCUGAAGAGAAAGAUUGGCUAUUUUGUUAUUCAAACAUACCUGCCAUGCAUAAUGACAGUCAUUCUCUCCCAAGUCUCGUUCUGGCUCAACAGAGAGUCUGUACCAGCGAGGACUGUCUUUGCUCUGAUCGAGUUUGCCACGGUCAAUUAUUUCACCAAGAGAGGUUAUGCAUGGGAUGGCAAAAGUGUGGUUCCAGAAAAGCCAAAGAAAGUGAAGGAUCCUCUCAUUAAGAAAAACAAUACUUAUGCACCAACAGCAACCAGCUACACCCCCAAUUUGGCCAGGGGUGACCCCGGCUUAGCCACGAUUGCUAAAAGUGCAACCAUAGAACCAAAAGAAGUCAAGCCGGAAACAAAACCACCAGAACCCAAGAAAACCUUUAACAGUGUCAGCAAAAUUGACCGACUGUCAAGAAUAGCUUUCCCGCUGCUAUUUGGAAUCUUUAACUUGGUCUAUUGGGCUACAUAUUUAAACAGAGAGCCUCAGCUAAAAGCCCCCACCCCACAUCAAUAGGUCCUUUCAUUCACAUUCUGUUGUUCAGUCCUCCGCACUGGGAAUUGCUUUCUGUUCUCAACGCAGUGAUUUCUACCUGCUUUAUUGCCUCUGUCUUAAAGAAUUUGAAGGUUUCCUUAUUCCAUAAUUCAUACAAGAACAACAGACCCCUGUCCAGCAGUCCAGAGCAAAGCAGAGCAUACAGCUGAGAGACAGGAUUCUGAGAGAGGAAGCAAGAGAGAAAAGUCACGACAGAAGGAGACAGAAUGAAAGAGAGGAAAGGUUGGGGGAGUAGGUCCAGGCUAUGAAGAAAAGUAGAAGGAAAAUAAAACUUUUAACUCUAUAACUCCCAGGUCAUUUGUAGAUAUAUAUUUCCAAAUAUUCUAAAAAAAAGAUACUGUAUAUGUCAAAAAUAUUUUUAUGUGGAGGUGUUUCAAGGAAUAAAUUAUAAAUGUUUAUUGAAAGAAAUUUUAAAAAUCUAUGUCUUUAUUGCACAGACUGCAGUGUACUUUACAUUUUGUUUUGUUUUUUAAACUGAUGUAUAGCUUUAACGCUUUGUUUCCAAAGCUAAAGAUCCCCAAUUUUUUCUCCGUUUAAAAAUGGCUAAUGCAUUAUUCUGUUGUUAAAGGAUAUUUUAAAAUUCAUGGAAAUUGCAUAGGCAAACGUGCAGUUCCUUACCGUUAAGCACAUUUAAUCCAAAAGAGAGAAAUGCUUUAAAUAGGUUACUUCACCAUCAUCUGAGCUUUUAUCACUAGAUUCAAUGAGGAAUCAUUUUAACAGAGACAUACACUCAAUAAAAACUAAAUACUAAAAAAAAAAAAAAACAAAAAAUAUUCCCUUUGCCACCCUGUCUAUAUCCAGAUAGCACAUGGGUCCAAUAAUCACUUGAUUCUCAUUAUGAAAAGAUGUUUUUAGAGGGGCAAACAUAUUUUGCAAGCUCUAGAAUUGUUGAAUGUAUUAUUUUAUAUAACAGUACAUUAAAAGCUUUAGAUUGAAAUUUAUGACUAGUAAGCAAAUAUAGAAUAUAGAAAUUAUGUAUGUAAAUAUACGGCAUGAGAUUGUACAUUUUUUACUUUUUUAAAGUUGUGUUCUUAAAAUAUUGUGUAGGACUCACCGCUCUUAGCUGUUAGAAUGUUGUAAAGUGCUAUGGAAAUACCUUAGAGCCUGCAUUAAAAACAGAACAGCCUGUGGGAAUCAGAUGGAAUUUAAAAUAGACGGGUAUAAAUUCUGCUUAUAUAGAGAAAGCUUAUAAUUUCAAACUAUCGUCCGGUGUACAGUAGUAAAUCACUUGCUCUUUGCUCAAGUCAUGCCAGAUUUCCCUAUUUGAGGCUCUUGUAAAAUACAAAGAAAAUGGAAAAUCAUUAGUUGGAGCUAGAAAAUCAACUGUAUAUUAUUGCUAUAAUUGCUGAUACCAACUAUCUCAAUAAGUGUUAUACCAUAUGUAGCAUUAAAUAUAAAAACACAUGAAAGAAUGUACAGGAAAUAGCUUUUAUUGAGUAACAUUAUUACAUUUCAUUUAUACUGUAGCAAUAUAUUUGUAGGUAUACUAUGUAAGGGCUUUAACUACAAGAGGUCCAUUAAUACUCCCUAUAAAAAUUCUGGUCUGUUUCAUUACUUCCCAGAUGUUUUAGAGAUGAAUAUUUAUGCAGAAGGUAUUUUUGAAGUCUCCUUUUGUCUGAUAGAAUUUCAGAGAUGUUUAAAUUUAGCAUCCAGAAUCCACAGGUCAUAGUCUAACCACAUUUAGAAUACUACAACAUAGACCUAUCAGCAUAAUUGCCAAAUAAGUCCAUUGGGAUCCGUACCCAAGUUUUGAGCAAUGUUUCUUUCAAAAAGCUGCUAUCCAAUGAUGUAGGAAAAAACACAGUUUGUGUUUUCCUAAACAAACUCUGGUUUUCUUUUUAAAUGUGCUUUAUUGUUUGAUUUGGUCCUGCCUAAAUUCAACGAGCUAUGCCAAUAAAGACUGAACCAAGGACAUUUCAUCCUCUGGUAUCAUGUGUAGAUAUCAUGUAUAAAAAAUAAAAUGAAAUAUGGCUCUAAUCUCCGUGUUGCUGUUUAUAUCUGUUAUUUUUCGGCGUUAACCCAAUGUGUUUAUUAAGAGCAUUUUAUCUUCCAGACUCCUCAUGGCUAACAUUUGGUCUGUAUUUUGCUCAUUAGAUGUGAAUAUUUCUUACUAGUCUGCUUUCUGCUAUGCAAUGAUUGCAUUUCUAUCAUUUCUUAGUUUGUUAGUAUGUGUGAAUAGUAUUCUAUUGUAUAAAUUGAUUGCACAAUUUAUCAAAGACAAAUUAUUCUAUGUAGCUUUUCUACAGUGCUUUGCUAAACCAUGUAAUACUAGUUAAGUCUUCCUUGAAAAUAAAGAUACACUCUUAUAGAGGACAGUUCCUGUUUACCCCCAGGAACAUUUUUUAAAAGAUGACACUGAAUGUUUUUUGCACCUUAGUGCAAUGAAGUGGCAAUAAAACCUAACAUGAAUCGAGGUUGUUUAUGGUAGAUGCAUGUAUUGCUUUACACAGUUUAGCAAAAGUUCUUAAUUUUAUGUCAUACUGUAUUCUAUUAUAAUAAUAAAGCUAAUAUUAUUCAAUAACCAAA